UGAGCUGUGAUACGGUAAGAAGAUAAUAAAAUGUUUUUCUAACUUAAUAUCUUUGAAUAUGUGAGGCGAUGUCAUCCAUGUCGAUCACGUGGUACAUCAGUGCCGUGAUUCUCUUCCUUGGAGUUCUCCCUUCCAACUGCCAGGAUCACAAGGACCUUAACGGUACCGGCAGCGGCGACCCAGCUCCACAUGGCGACAGCAACCAGACACGGACUACAGGUAACAACACGGGGCAUCUGACGGUCCAGCACUUUGAAGAGCUGAGUCGAGAGCUAAAAGAUCUGAGUCAGAGUGCCCAGGAGCUACAAAACAUGACUCAGCAGACACUAGACUGGAGAAGAGUGCUAAUGGUGAUUGAGGAAAUCCUACUCAACAUGUUAUUGUUUUUCUGGGGAUUUUAUGUAGGAGUACGAUAUUACCGUAUCAAGUGUAAAGAAAAGGACAAUCGUGCUGUUUUAACCAUGAGGGUACCGAACUUUGAUUCUGGAACAACAUUGGUAAUGUACAUGAGACCACCGGAAGGCGAAUCCCGUCAAAUACAAAUCCACCGCACGGAUGCGUCGUCUCCUGAGAUUACUGUAGUGCCGCUUGGUGUUGUGCCUGACCCGCCGUCUCCUGAGAUUACUGUAGUGCCGCUUGGUGUUGUGCCUGACCCGCCGUCCCCUGAGAAUACUGUAGUGCCGCUUGGUGUUGUGCCUGACCCGCCGUCCCCUGAGAAUACUGUAGUGCCGCUUGGUGUUGUGCCUGACCCGCCGUCCCCUGAGAAUACUGUAGUGCCGCUUGGUGUUGUGCCUGACCCGCCGUCCCCUGAGAAUACUGUAGUGCCGCUUGGUGUUGUGCCUGACCCGCCGUCCCCUGAGAUUACUGUAGUGCCGCUUGGAGUUGUGCCUGACCCGCUCUCAAUGACUACAGCUGUACCGAUUAAUGUGCCAGCUCCUGUACCCACCAACACAGCUAGCAUGGCCGAUUGAAUCCCCAUGUCUAUAUAAAUGGUAGCCACACGACUUACUUUAAGUUGGCUGGUUUGGGCAUUUGCCGUAUGGGGGAUCGUCCAUCAAUGACGCCAUGUUUAGUUAUAACUUUGAUAAAGAGACAGCAUAAUCAUCACUGAUCCACAUCAACUGCCCAAUAUUUGUGCUUUAAGUGCCCACUUAAUAUGUACACCCCCCCCCCCAUCUACAUUUCUUCUAUUUUGAUUUAUUUAAUUAUUAAAAACAAAAUAUUUGCAUUGUUUAAAA